AAAAGAUCUUUCUCUCUCUCUCUCUCUCUCUCUCUCUCCACACAACAAGCGCCUCUUUUUUCAUGCUCUCUCUGUCCCCCCACCCCACUACUUCAAACUCAAAUUUCUUCUUCUUCUUCUUCUCAUUCUUCUUCUUCUUCUAAUUAUUAUUAUUAUACCUACCUAACCGAAAUUAUCCACUUUUUUUUUCCCUCUUCUUGGUCUCCUUCUUCCGUACACAAAUUGCAUAGCAGAAAUUGUGCCACAAAAGGCACAAAAGUUCUCAUGGGUCGCCCACCCAGCAAUGGAGGCCCUGCCUUUCGCUUCACUUCAUCUGAGGUUGCAGAAAUGGAAACUAUUUUGCAUGAGCACAAUAAUGCAAUGCCGGCACGCGAUGUUCUUGCUGCUAUUGCAGAGAAGUUCAGUGAAUCACCGGGUCGUUGUAAAGACAAGAUUACUGUUCAGAUGAGACAAGUGUGGAAUUGGUUUCAAAAUAAGCGAUAUGCUAUAAGGGCAAAAUUAAACAAGUCUCUAGUAAAGUUAGAUAUCACACCAAUGACCAAGGCCAGUUCAGCCGUGGUAAAGAAUAUUCAUCAACCAACAGCCGCUACAAUUCCAACUGCUUCAGGAAAAGUUACUCAAGAAAGCUCAGCCACGGAAUUUGAAGCUAAAUCUGGAAGGGAUAGAGCAUGGUAUGACGUUGCUAACUUUAUAAUGCACAGAUAUUUGGAGAGCGGUGAUCCGGAAGUGCUGGUAAGAUUUUCUGGUUUUGGACCUGCGGAAGAUGAGUGGGUAAAUGUCCGAAAGAAUGUCAGGCCACGCUCUCUGCCAUGUGAAUCAGCAGAAUGUGUUGCAGUCCUUCCUGGGGAUCUUAUACUAUGUUUUCAGGAAGGUAAAGAACAGGCCCUUUAUUUUGAUGCCCAUGUACUUGAUGCUCAAAGGCGGAGGCAUGAUGUAAGAGGUUGCCGUUGUAGAUUUUUGGUUCGUUAUGAUCAUGAUCAGUCAGAGGAAAUUGUGCAACUUAGGAAGAUUUGUCGCAGGCCGGAAACCGAUUUCAGGUUACAACAGCUUCAUGCCGUGCCGGAGAUGAAGAGUGGCAUCGAUCCAGCACCUGUUCAUGCUGUCAGGGUUACUACUUCGGCCGAAUCACAGAAACAACAGAAUGCAAACACUCCAAUGUCAACAUUAGCACAAAGUAUAAGUAAAGUCGAAACAUCUAGUGAUGUUACGGCAGGAAGCGUGUUCCCGGUCAGUGCUGCUACAUUCGCAACCAACGUUGCUUCAAGCAGUGUUCAUGGUGCCUCUAGUCACAGCAUGGCCGAAGGAAAAUAAAGCAUGCUUAUUCUAAUCCUCUCCCAUUACUGGGUUUAUUUUUUCUUCCCUCAAAAUGAUUAUUGACAUUUAUGUAAGAAUUUUAUGAUAAUUCAAUUAAUGUUAGUAGGGAGAAAAAAGAAAA